AAGCGUCAUCUUCACAGCUUGUAAAUAUUAUUCUUCCAAAACAGGAAAAAGCAAUAAAGCAAUUUGUCCUCUUCACUAAGCGAUUGAAAUUGAAAUACGGAUCCAAAAUCCAAUUCUUGUAGUGUGUUUGAGAUUGAAAUUGAAAAAGCAAUUCUCUAAUUGCAAUCACUGUGUGUGUGUUGUAAUUUCUUGCAGAUUUCUAGGUGCGGGAUUAAUGGGCUGCACGCAAUCUAAGAUCGAGAACGAGGAAACUGUAAAUCGAUGUAAGGAGCGGAAGCAAUAUAUGGAGCGGGCUGUUACGGCCCGCAACAAGUUCGCGUCGGCCCACGCGGCCCAUGCGAUGUCCUUGAAGAACACCGGCGCCGCUCUCAGCGACUAUGCUCAUGGGAAAGUCAUAUAUCCCGCCGGCGGCGGGGGUGGAGGUGCUGGUGAUGCCACUCUUCCGCCACCGCUUCCGCCUUAUGAUAAUUUUCCUCUGCCUCCUCCUCCUCCGCUGCCCCAUCCUCCCCUGCCCCCUUCGUAUAGUCCGACUUCUUCACCGCUUCAGCGGGCGUCUACCGUUCCUGAACUCCGUACUGAAUUGAAGAACUCGAACACGAUUAUUCAGGAGGAGAAUGAAGAGGAUAUUGACAAUGAGAGCACUCACAAUUUGAAGCAUCGCACCAGUAAGAGUAGUGGACGCGGUAGUGGGGGUGCAAGAGGCAGACUUUCACAUAAGGAGGCUACUGAGGAUGAGGUCCUGCAGAAGCCGCCUUCGCCAAUGCGGCCAAAUGAACGAGAGCGUGAGCACCCGGUCCCUCCUCCUCCUCCUCCUCCGUUGAAUAAAGAGACAUGGGAUUAUUUCUUCUCUGCAGAUGUGCCAAGAUCGACACUGGCGGAUGUUGAGGAUGAUCAGUACAAUAUAGAUGAAAUUCAGCGGAAAGUGCGAGAUGAAAGGAAUAAGAAAAGUGAAAUUGAUGGUGAAGCUGAUGGAGGGAGGAAGGUUGAGCACGUGAAGGCAGCCACUGAAGUGGUGGAACGAACAGUGGAUCUUCCACCACAUGCUCCUCCGGCUCAAGCAGCAGUGGCAACAAAGCUGGCCAAGAGAGUGAAAAUGGGGGCUUCAUCUGAAGGGAAAACUAAAGGUGGACCGAGUUAUACAAACUUGUUGCAAAUAUUUUUGGAUCUUGAUGAUUGUUUUCUCAAGGCUUAUGAGAGUGCUCAUGAAGUAUCCAGGUUACUUGAGGCGACCCGCUUGCAUUAUCACUCAAAUUUCGCCGAUAAAAGAGGACACAUUGAUCAUUCUACAAGGGUCAUGCGUGUCAUCACAUGGAAUAGGUCAUUCAAAGGUUUAUCCGCAGAUAAUGGAGUUGACGACUUUGAUUCAGAAGAGCAUGAGACUCAUGCAACGGUGUUGGACAAGAUGCUGGCGUGGGAGAAAAAGCUCUAUGAUGAAGUUAAGGUAUGCACAUCAAUAUUUCUGUUCAAUGUGUCAUAUAUACCCGAUGGAUCUUUAGAAAUUUUUUUCUUUAUUAUUCCUCUUUUGUAAUUUUGAGAAACAAAG